AUGGGGGCUGUUAAUGCAAACAGCGAUACUGCUUCGGCUGGUUGGCUCAGAAACAUCUAUCGUGGCACCUACUUCCAAGCUAUUCUACUCGGGCUCGUCAGCUUCACCCAGCCUGGUAUAUGGACCGCUAUCAUGAGUCUCGGUGGCGGCGGCCAAGCUGAGCCGUACGUGGUAAAUGCGUCCAAUGCCAUCACCUACGGAAUUAUGUUUGUCUGCGCGCCUGUGUCCUCCGUGGUCGGAAACAUAGUCGGCAUGAAGUGGGUUGUCGUCUUUGGCACCCUGGGAUAUGCCCCGUACUCAGCAGCGCUAUACUGCAACAGCGUUUGGGGAACCCAAUGGUUCCUCAUAUUUGGCGCCGUAACCUGUGGUUUCUCGGCGGCUGCUUUAUGGCAAGGAGAAGGGACCAUAGCUGUGGCAUAUCCGGAGAUGUCCCGUCGCGGUAGAUGCAUUUCCAUCUGGCUCACUCUCAAUAAACUCGGCUCCAUCAUUGCGUCUUCCAUCCAGCUUGGCAUUAACAAGAACGCCAAUAGCACCGGGUCCAUCUCGCCUAAGACCUACCUCGUUCUCGUCGGUCUUCAGUGUCUCGGCCUGCCCCUCUCACUCCUGAUCUCUUCCCCUCACAAACUGGUCCGAACAGAUGGCCAAAAGCCCAGAUUUGCCAACCCAAACCGCACCUGGAGAUCUGAACUGCACGGUUUCAUCCACCAGUUCAGACGCAAGGAGGUGGUUCUCUUGGUCCCAGCAUUCAUCGCGUCGCAAUGGGGGUUAACAUACCAAGGAAACUAUCUUGCUGCUUACUACACUGUUCGCGCUCGAACCCUUGCCAGCUUUACCAUCUCCAUCAUUGGCUGCAUUGCCAACCUGCUGACGGGAUGGUGGCUGGAUACAAAACGAGUGAGCCGAUCUUUCCAGGGGCGAAGUCUCUGGUACUUCGUCCUGGGCUUGUUCACACUUGUCUGGAUUUGGAACUUGGUGAUCCAGGCCCGAUGGGACGACAAACCUCCGCUGCCAAUUGAUUGGAGUGAUAGAAAAUACGGCGAGGGACUUGUCGUCUUUGUUCUUUACCGUGUCGCGUACGAGACAUUAAGCAUCUGGCUCUUCUGGGCUCUCGGGACUUUCGACGUGGAAGCCGAUAGUGUAUCUCUGUCCAUGGGUUUGCUGCGUGCUGGUGAAUCGCUUGGGUCGGCUCUUUCGUACGCUGUUGGCGCCACGCGGAACACUUCUCUCAUGGCAAAUCUCAUUAUCAGCGUCGUCAUAUUCUAUGUUAGCGCCCCUUUCACGACUUGGUCAUCUCAUCUUAUCCAAGAUAGACUGCCUAAUGAGAGCCUGUCGGAUUCGACUAUAGAAGAUAUAGAUCAAUGGCGGGACACUGAAGCGAAGCAGGUGAACUUGGAGCCAAGUAUAAAACAUUAG